CAAUAGUACGGAGAAACGCAACGGUAGGUCUGGCACGCAAGGCAAGCAGACGAUCUUUCGUGAAAUCAAAACACUGCAUGUGAUUGUCUUUUACAAGUUUUUCAUUCGUUUGGCAGAUUAGUAAAUUAGUUUCAUCAUGAAUAAUCAAACGGGAAUUAAUGUUUUGAGUGCUGCACUCUUCGACAUUUCGCACAAGUAUGUCACUCAUCAAGAUCCAUCGGUGGCCAUCGACGUCAAAGAUCUCCACAAACUACUGAUGAAAGGAUGCUACAAGCUGGACACUAAUUAUGAAUACAUUAUUCCUGAAAGUGCUGUUUAUAGAGGUAUAGUAACACUACCUGGCACCAUUAUAAUCUAUGUGGAAAUUUCACCCAAAAAAAUCAAAGAAUAUCCUAUCAACCAAUCGGCAACCAUCAAGGACUUGAAAGAUAUUAUAUGCAAUGGAGAAGGCAUCUCACCACGUCUACAAAGAUUGUUGUUUGUCAACCAGGAAUUGAAAGACAAGAAAUCUUUGAAAUAUUACAACAUCAAAGAACGCGAUACUGUUCAACUUAAAUUGAAAAUAAUCGACGGAUUAAACUUACACAAGGAACUGUUUGACGAGCCAUACCAUUACGAUUUCACCAACAUUUCUGAUGAGAGAAACCAAUUCUACAGCAGAGGGAGAAUGGAAUACCUCCGUCCAUGCGGAUGGCAACGCUACGCUUUAAAUGUCAAAGGCAAGUACCCGGACGAUAUUUGGCUAGAAGGGAAAUAUCGCCGGUCUGACAAAAACUCGUCGGCCGAAGGAGAAUGGCCAGUGUCCUACCACGGAACAUCUUACCACAACGGACUCUCAAUCGCAGAAGAAGGAUUUAGAUUGAGUAGAUGCACGCGUUUCAAAUAUGGCUAUGGUAUCUACACGACACCUGAUAUCAAAGUCGCAUACCGAUUUGCUGAUAUUAUACAGAUCGAUGGGAUAACCUAUAGAUUUGUCGUUCAAAGUCGUGUCAACCCCAAAAAUGUGAAGAUAGUCAGUAAAGCUGAAACUGGUGUGGGCGAGUAUUGGAUCUCAUCCAAUGAGGACGACGUUCGCCCUUAUGGCUUUUGUAUUCUAGAAAUUUUUAGAAGAAACCUCAAAUUAUCUCUUCCCCCUGAAACUCCUCUCUCUGAAACUCCUCUUCCUGAAACAUCCUUCUUCUUUUGGAUGUUGUUAUUUGCUGUAAUAAUGAUAUACUACUGCACAUUGGAAUGAAAAAUUAAAUAAAGGACCAAGAUGAAAUCAACAAA